UUACAACGACAUGUGGCCCAGGCACUUUAAAACAGACGAGUUUUGUAUACCGUAUAGCCGGGUUGAUUCUGUGUCUCUCCCCGCAGUCGAGAAGGAGAUUCCCGGAAAUAUACUGACGGAACAGCCAGACUCCAUGUUGGCUCGCAGAAACAGAGACUGCUCCAAUAGCUUAGCUUACUAGCUAACUACCGUUUAAAAAAAGGCAGGGGACAACCAGUGAGCUGACAGAAGUGGUGUGCCAAAGAUGACCAAUGAGACAGAGAAUGGGACAGGUGAGAGUGGCGAUGGUGAUGCUCAAGGUACCCCUGCUCCAGAACCUGUCCGAUGCCCCAUCUGCUUGACCCCCCCGGAGGCUCGUGACCCAGCCGUCCCAGAGAGCUGCAGCCAUGUGUUCUGUCUCCGCUGUAUCCUAAAAUGGGCCCAGACAGUCCCCUCCUGCCCAGUGGACCGAAAGAGGUUCAAUGUUGUUUACAAACUGGACACCAUUCUGGGAGCAGUGAAGAUUCCUGUGAAGCAAUUAGCUAGCCUAGUGGGACUUCAGAUAUGCUGCCACAACAAGAGAAAAGAAACUAAGGGCUGCAUAUCAAGGAGGAGGGCAGUUGAAAAGACACUGGAAGGGAAUUCACAUGCCAAAGUGAAAGAGGAUUUUGUGAGAAAAUGUAAAUCUCGUGCCUCUAAAUGCAACCAGGAAUCUUUGGAUUUGAGGAAGAAAAUGGGGAUGGAUGUGUGUGGCCCUCAAAUUCUGGCCCCCUACACCUUCUGCUUAGACUCAGCAGGAGAAACAAGUGCUACUCUGACUCGGUGCUAUGCAGAGCUUUUGCGUGUGGACAUCAGGGAGCCCUUUGUCCUGCAGAAACAGCACAGACUGGAGCUUGAGGAGCAGCCUUGGCUGUGUCCAGCAGCGCCCAUGCCUGCCAGUGGCCUCUCUCUCCACCCUGGUAGUCUCUCUGAGUCCCUGAGGUCCCUAUCACCACAGUGUACCUCUGCAGCAGGAUUACAUGCAGGAUGCUUUGUGUUUGAGGUAGAGGACUGCAUUGUUACCUGUGCAAGAGGAGGGGAGAAGAAGACAGUGAGACCAUCAAUCUCCAAAGGGUCAAAGAAUCAAACUGAGGAUUCAGCAGCGAAGCGGUCUUCCUGGCAUAGCAAGGCUGAGGAUCAGCCCUCACCACCGUCACACCAUUCAUCCUCAGACGACUCUGUUACCGACUCCCCCACAAGACAGACUCCACAACCAGAUCUGAAAGUAGCAAGGGGGAUGAAUGCAAAGCAGGUGACAAAGCAGCAGUCCCCUGCAAAGAGGAGACGACAAAAGGCCUCUCAGGAACCCUACAGCAGCCUGGAGAAGUUUGGAGCUGAGGAGCUGGUAGAGGAAGAGGAAGGGGAGGAAGAGAAGGAGGAAACUGAUGAAGACUCUGAGUUUCACAUCUCAGGGCACCAAAAUGCAAAUUCACAAAGUGGUACCUCUAAACAGCACACAAAUCAGGAAGCCAGCCACAUCGCACCCCCUGAACACGACACCCAACAGGAAGUCAGCUGCAACAUAAUUACUGAUCACAACUUGCCACAGGCAACCUCCAGUGACAUUUCACAACAGGAAUGCGAAGGGGUAGAAGACUGGGCAAAAAGUGAGAGUGACACCAGCAGGGGCUGUGACUCAGAGGAGAUGGCAGUUACUCAAAACAAAGUUCCUACAUUUUCACCAGGACAGGGCCAUCUGAAGAUGCCAUCAUCUGAUGAAGAACUCCGGGAGUGCCCAAAAGUAUCCCCUAACAGGGAGCAUGCUGCAGCUGUGGAGCUGGAAAAAGGGGCCUUUUCUGUUGAAGAAGACGACAUGCUCUCCUCUGGUCACCAAAAGUUAGUGGAGCCAGAGAGGCCCUCAGAAAACAUUAUGUCCUCAAGCUGUGACCAGCUAAUAGUGAUAGAUGUGGAUCUUAUGGAGGCUACUGCUGAGGGGGCUGAAUCCCAGGCUCAGGCAGAGAUGGAGAAGCCCAGCCAAGACUCUAAGCCCAACACCUCUGCCUUCUCAAAUGGUGACAGGACAGAGUCCAGUGGAAGUGUUUCUGACAAAUUUCAAAAUGCAGAUUCAAAUGUGACCAUAUUGAAGUGGACACCUGAAAUGAACCAUGAGGAGUUUCCCUCUGAGGACAACACAGACUUAGUCUCCAUGGAAUGUGACUCGCCCAGCAGCGAAUUCCAAGAGCUGGGACCUGAACAGGAGGGUGGGAGCACCAGGGCUGCCUGCAUGACCCCGCAGACAGCGCCUGUAGAUCCUGCUGUGGUAACUGUCCCCCUGCAGGACAAGACAGAAGCCAGGCCACGCAAGUCUCGAUUCCACUCCCCUUCCACAACGUGGUCCCCCAAGAGAGAUUCAAAAAGGGAGCAGCAUCGAUCGCCGUCCCAGGACCGCAAUGCCACCCCGACCUCCAGGCACAGGUCCAGGACCUGCAGCAGAGAACGUGACAAUGACCGCAGCAGGGACAGGCUGAGGAGGGAGGGUUCCCGGAGGAACCGCAGCAGAGACCGGAGAAGCAGAAGGCGCUCUAGAAGCAGGUCUCGGUCCAGGAACAGAAUGUUUUGCAGAGGCUCUCCACCAGAGCGAGCAGAGCCUGGCAGACAGUCUCCUCACAGGAGGGACAGACGUGCCAAUGACGCAUGGAGGAACAACUGGGGAAAUGACCAGUCCAAAAGUGAUGACCAGGACAGGCUAAGUGGUGCCUUCAGCAAGGAUGUGGAUGAUUCUGACAAGAGAGGCCCAGCAGCGGAGAGAAGUAGAGGGCAGAACAUCGAUGGGAUGAAAGAGAAAUGUGAUUUGGAGGGUGUGGGCUGUAGCACGGGGAUUGCGAGCACUUCUCGAUGGGAGGAAAGCCAUGGGGGCUGGAAUUCAGAAAGUCGGCGUGACAUUGGCUGGGGACGCGGAGGCCCCAGGGACGAGCCACAGCAAAACCGAUGGCAAACAAGGAAUUCUCUCUCAGGGAUAGCAAACAGCUCAGGGAACGAGUCUCACAGCAAGUUCAACGAGGGCCAGUCUGCGAGCUCUGCCUCUGCCCUCCUCCUGUCUGAGGUACCUGUGGAUCGCUCAGGCUGGUCUUCAGCCUCUAGCCGCGCGGUACGCAGAACACUGCCCGCAGAUGUACAGAGCUACUACUCCAGGAGGGGGCGGAACUCAGCCGGCCCAGGGUGUGGGUGGAACAGGCAGGACGAAGAGAUGCCAGCACAAGAUGUACCCCGUGGUGAACCGCAAGCCACACCCCGCAGUGAGGGCUCCCAGCUGGUUCCCAGCAUCCCACAGCAGCCAAUGGCUGUUCUGCACUUCCCCAUGGGGGCACACGCCCCUCCCAUGAGCCUGCAGCCACCCCACUUUGGUGUGCCCCCUCAGGUUCCAGCGCCAGUACACCCUGCCAUGCCACUUUUCCAGGGCCUGCCCCCACCCCCACCCCCUCCGCCACCCCUCCAACAGGUCGACGGCCGACCUGCACGGCAGGCAAUGACCAGCAUUCCUGGCCAAGGAGGCAACCGAUUCACUGCUCCCUCUCUGGCAAGUUAUACCAAAGUCCCAGGAAGUGCAGGUCACCCUUCUGCCCCACUCCCCUCCUCCACCACGCAGCAUGGGGCUGCAGACAGACUCUCUGUCAGCAAAGACUUCACCAAAGUGGAGGCGUGUGCUGACAGCUCCAAGAAGGAGAAGAAGCUACAGAUCCAGGAGAAAGCUAUCCAGGAAGUAAAGACAGCCAUUAAACCCUUUUACCAAAAUAAGGAGAUCACCAAGGACGAGUACAAAGAGAUUGUGCGCAAAGCAGUGGAAAAGGUUUGCCACAGCAAGAGUGGAGAAGUGAAUUCUGGGAAAGUGGCUAAUUUGGUGAAGGCGUAUGUUGAAAAAUACAAACAUGUGCGCAAGAAUAAAUCUGACGUUCUUAGCAAAUGCUGAAUGAUGCUUUGCUUAGUGAAGUUUCUACAAGCUGAUCAUUAUCUCCAUACAGAGAUGGUAGAUCAGCGUUCAUCUUUUAAAUAUCAGACCUUAUAUUAAUAAAUGAAUGAAUUUUUCUAUAGAUUUCAUAUUUUGAUUCAAGCCAUUUGGAAAUUGUAGCAUAAAGCAGUUAUUUUGAAUAGAUGCAGUGGGACCCACAGAUCCAAACAGAAGUCUUGCUUUGUGCGGAACAUGUUUGAGCAAUGAAAUGUCGCCUAAUCAUGGCCUUGCUGAAUGAAAAUAUGUACAGAUUAGGAGCUGUAAUUGAGCACGCUGUCAUUUUGGCCUGUAAAGAACCCACACAGGAGGAGUGUACAGUUUGUCUCCAUUGUGAUCCAUUAAAUACUUAGUUUAAUUUUGCUUUCCUUUUUUAUUGUAAUGAUUCUCGUGAAAAACCUAGAUAAAUGUCUCAUCCUCAGAUUCUUUGUCCAUCAGACCUGUCUGUUAGGACAGUGUGGCAAGUAACACGGGUUUAAAUCCUCGGUUACAUCACAGACCGUUAGCCAAUCGGGGGAAGCUACGCUUGUGACCUGUUAGAUGCAGCU